AUGGCGGACACUUUGGAUCCUUCUUUUUCGCCGGAAAGCGAAAGCGGACAAUUAAUUCGUCGCACCUCCAGACGCAUCGCGCAGAUCGGAGAAUCCAGUCGAUCGGGCUCCGAAAUUCCAUCUCUUCUAACUCGCUGCUCAGCUGGAGCUUCAUCAUCACAGACUCCUCUACCAGUUCGUCAUGAAGACGGGAGUGACGAACUGACUCAAGAUAUGUUGUCACAAGAAGAAGACCGGUUCGCACCUUUAGGAAUCUCGAUCGAAGACAUCGAUCCUUUGUUAGACCAUGAAGGACGAAUUGGAGGCGACAAGAGUUUGAGUUCGAUCAAAACCGUGAACGAUAUGCUGAACGCAUGUGGUCUAUUUAACAGCAACGUCACAAUUUUGAUUCCUCGAGCUGACCAGCGCCCCUGGAACCCGCCGGAAGGGUAUAUAUGCUUGUACGAGGGUUAUUUUACCGAAUGUCGCCUCUUAUUCCCAAUUCCAGCAUUAAUAUCACUCUACGCCCAAAGACGCAGGAUAUCGAUCUGUCAAUUUGUCUCCAGAGCCAUUUGUAACUUUAUGGCUGCCCUUACCAUAGCAGCCGAAGUCAGAGUUAACAUCGGAGUUCAAUGCUUUGAGCAACUAUCCAAUUUUAAGUUAUCAAAGAGUCUGCAUCGCUGGGAAGUGAAUAUGAGGCCGGCGCACAAUUUCCUUGCUGGUCAAAGAGUUUCCAAAUUCAAGAAGUGGGCGAACCACUACUUCUAUGUCCGCGUCGAUCAGUACUCACUCGUUAAUCCAUUGGGUUUCCAUCGGAGAGUGUGGAAUAAAAAUCCUGAUCGUCCAUUUUGCGCAACACAUCAAGCUCCGGACUAUCAUCCCGUUAGGAACGCUCUACUAUCCGGGAACAAUCGUCGGUGGGAAUUUUUUACUCGUAUUCGUGUUGAAACAUCAAUGGGCAAACCCAGGACAACAUUCCCAAGUUUCGCGAGUUCGCUGGGACGAAUUGCAGAGCUAGCCGGGUCACGUGUCGUUGAAUCCGACAGUCUCCAGAUCGUUUGCCGAGAAACCCAGGCUGUCAUCGAAGCCGAUAUCGAUCCUCUUUGGGACCAAACUGACGUCGAUCCUGUUCAGGAUCGGUCCGUCGUCGAUCCUACUCGGGCCUCUGAAGAAGACGUCGACAUAGUCGAUGUUGCGAAAGACGAUAUCCCUCCCCUAGCUUUAGGGAAUGCCGAUCCUCCGAAUGAUGAAGAGGAUGUCCCUCAGCUUGGAGCUGGAUCGAAAAAGAAGAAGAGGAAGCACAAAAAGAAGACGCCGCAAACAAGCACUGCUGUCAGGAUGAAUACGCUGACUCAGUUGUACGAUAGGCGAGUCAAAAACGAGAAGAAAUCUGGAUUCGAGCUCGAAAAAGUGAAGGAAUGCGCGGAACAAAUCCGAGUCGCUAGCGAAGCUAAAGACGAGAUGAUCAAGGAGCUCGAAGCUCUUCUCGUCGAAAAGGAUGGUAUCAAUUCUAAAUCCGAACUGAGGAUUGGCGUACUGAACUCCCGAGCGGUUACUCUCGAAGAAGAGAAAUCCGAACUGCAAGGAGCAUGCGACGAGUUGAAAAUCCAACUCGACUUUGAAGUUAAAAGACUCCGGCGGGAUCGUUUGGAGUACGUGGAGCGAACAGCGAAGAAAGCGCAGACUCAAUUGAAUAAGAUCAAGGCUUAUCUAGUCGAGCAAGAGAAGAUUCGCCCCUUGGAAGAUCUGUUAAACCAGGCUACCAGAGUGCAGGAAACUGUGCAAUAUCUGAUUGAGAAGGGGGCCGUCAUUCCCGAGGAAGGAAUCGCGGAGAUUGAUAAGAACAAGGCUAAAGCCGAGGAAACUAUCAAAGCGAUCGAUGUCCUCAAACUGAAUGAAAAUGACCUCAUCAUGUACCCGGAUCAGCUCGGUUACGGACUUCUUCACCCCGGAACAAUGGCUCUGGACUCUGUCUACCAUCCGUAUGGCUCCAAUGCCGAGAGCUUCCAAGCCGAUCUGACCAGUGCUUUGGACGCUUAA